CGGACGGCUCGCAUCCUCUCUCUCUCGCUCUCCAUCAUCCAUUCCAACCGUCGUCGCGCUUGAUUGUCCGCGACCGGUCUUCGUGCAGCUCUCAUUCGUACACCCACGUUCUUUACCCACUCUCUUUUACCGGCCCACAAAGGCUUGUAGGCUUGUUAGAAAAACUAAGCGCAUUUUUCCCCGUCGACGCCCUUCGUACGAACACCAUGGCCCCCUCAGCUCGCCGCCACCGUCUGCCUCAGCACCCGCGCGACUACGUCCUUGUUCCCGCGCCGCUUGAUCUCUCACUCGCGACCAUGAGCGAGAAAUCGCCACUUCCCGCCAUCGUCGUCACGCCUUCUUCACCCUCGAGCUCAGGCGAUUUCUCCAUCGCCUUCCUCGCCCCCGCUCCCAAACCCUCCCUCUUCCAGCGCCUAACCUCUUCGCUUAGCUCUCCCACCAGUCCGACCUAUCCGAACAGCCCCAUAGCGCUCACCCUUUCUGAUACCGACUCGGAAGCCGGCACACCGCCCCCAUCCUCAUCCGCCUUCCACAUUCCUUCACAGUCCCCAUCCUAUUCGUCACUCUCGAAUAAGUUGCAGCUCAAAGCACGCACCUCGUUCCUCCUGCUGUUGCUCUUCUUCAUCCUCGCGUGCCAUCUGCUCACUCAUAGACUCGCGACGCGUAUACCACAUCUGGAGUUUGGGAACGUGAGGGAUUUGACGCUUAAUCCUGGCACGGAGUCGGCGACGAAUGGGGUGGGCAGUUGGUGGGAUUGGAACACCGUUUGGGGAGAGGAUGCGGAAGCGGAUGUGGAUACGAGGGAGUUUGUGAUCAGGGAAGGAGGGUCCGAGGUGGAGUUCCCGUUGGAGGCUGAAGAGGCUGAGUUUCCGCUGGAAGCUGAGCAGAUCGGGACGGAGAAUGCAGUAUAGUUCGCUGGGGUGUGAAGGACAUGAUGUGGGAUGUGGACACUGGCUUGAGGGAGAGAAUUUAUGUGGAUACAGUUGUGGUUUUGGUGGACUUGCUGAACCGAUUUUCGUUCGACGUGGUCAACGUAAGGCGCACUCUCGAGCAGGUCCCGUUCGCUUGAUGAUGCAGACUACGACCCCUCGGCUCGCCGUCCGUCGACUCCUUGGACAUUUACACGGUACGCAGGUCGCCGAUCCUGGCGCACGACGCUAUACGCCCUUCAAUUCAUUCUUCUUCCUGCCGUCUACAUACAUACGCACUAUUUAUCACCUUCAACCCCUUCGAACUCACCGUUCUUGGUUUUGAACAUACAUCCAUAUCUACGCUUCGGGUUUUAGGUUUCCUUUCGGGUGACCACACACGCACACCAUAUCACACUGUCUGUGAGUGCAACCCCCUCUUUUUACUCUUCAUCGGUAUCGGUUGGAACCUCUUUUGAAUCAAAUUUUCUGGCUGGGAAAACGUCCUCUUUUACUUACUUACUCGCUACCCUUUUUUCUUUUCUCUUCUUCCCAUGUUGCGUUCUCUCCAUCCAUCAACUAUCGAUUAUCAAUUUUAUCAACCGUUUCAACCCCUUGAUACCCAGCUUCAGCUGUACAUAUCUUUAUCCCAUUUUACCCACC